UCACACUCAUUCAGUCAUUUCGACAGUUCAUUCUUUUCACAUUCAUUCACCCUUCAUCGAUUGAAGCGGAUAACAUUCUCUUACAACUUCGUUGAUUUCGAAGCUUACUCUUGAACGCCGUUCUAUCCAACCAAAAAACUUUCAAUCCCCAACUCAUCAACAAUGCCUUCCAAGAUUCAGGUUGCUGCUAUCCUCGGCGCUGUCGCCGCUUCCGUCAACGCCCACGGUCACCUUUCGGACAUUAAGGUCGAUGGCACCGACUACACUGCCUACGACCCCUCGUUCCAGUACCAGAACCCCGCGCCUGAGGUCAUCGAGUGGUCCUGCCCUGAGUGCCUUGACAACGGCUACGUUGACCCCUCCAUGUACACCGAUGUGACCAAGAUUGCUUGCCACAAGGACGCCACUGCUGGUGCUAAGGUCGCCAAGGUCGCUGCUGGAGGAACCGUUGACAUCCAGUGGAACACCUGGCCCGAGUCCCACGUCGGCCCCAUCAUUGACUACAUGGCCAAGGUCGACGACGCCACCUCUGCUAAGGCCGCUGACUUGAGCUUCUUCAAGAUCGACGAGGCUGGUUACGAGGAUGGCCAGUGGGCUGCCACCAAGCUCAUCAGCAACAACCUUACCUGGUCCGUCACCGUCCCGAGCUCCAUUGCUCCGGGUCAGUACGUUCUCCGUCACGAAAUCAUUGCCCUCCACUCGGCUGGUCAAGAGAACGGUGCCCAGAACUACCCCAAGUGUAUCAACUUGGAGGUUACUGGCUCCGGUACUGAGAAUCCCACCGGUGUGACCGCCGACAAGUUCUACACCCCCACCGACCCCGGUAUUGAGGUCAAUGUCUACUCCGGCGACCUUUCCGGCUACCAGAUUCCCGGCCCCGCUCUCUUCAGCGGUGCCAGUUCCGGCUCCAGCAACACCUCUGCUGCCGCCCCUGCCAGCUCUGCCGCUGCCGCCACCUCGGCCGCCCCUGUUGCCACUUCCUCCGUCGCCGUCCAGAACAAUGCUGUCAGCACCCCCGUUGCCUCUGCCACCGCUACCGCCGUUGCCUCAUCAGUCGCCUCGGCUGCCCCUGUUUCCACCAGCAGCUCGAGCUCGGACUCGUCCCUUCCGGAGACUUUCACUCUUGAGACUUUCAUCUCGUGGUUGGAGAAGGCUGCUGGCUCUUCCAGCUCGAAGGCUCGCCGCCACGCCCGCGCUUUCCGCGGUUAGAUCAGUAGUGUGUUGAGAGACACGCUCUAGUCUGCCGGAAGUGAUAUGCAUCAUGUUGGUGGAAGAUUGGAAAUAGAAAGCGUUCUUCAGUUCUUGUACCUAGCCUUUACUAUAGUCGAUAUGGCUCGCGCUAUUUGCCCCUCUUACUAUUUCUGCGU